UGUGGGGAAGUGUGAAUAUGCAGUUAAAUUUUGAAUUUUGAAUCUUCAGCUGGAAACCUUUCAACGUCUAUCAUUGGAAGUUCUAACCUAAAUUUUUAGUGACAGCGAAUGUUUGUUUUUCUGCUAAAGAUUUAAGUGGUUUUUCCAGUGAAUUUUGUGAUUUCUAAAGAUUGAACGGGCUGGAGUAUGAAUCUCCGGGGAUAUUUAAUUGGUGUCCAGCGUGGAUUUGAUGCACAAGAUGGACAUUUGCUGGGUGGAUUGAUAUCCCUGCAGGAUCAGCAUGUUCUGAACACAAAUCUCUUCACAGUGGACGAAUCCAAGGCUUCAAUGAUGAUUGUGGAGACAAUUGAGCCUCCCCUGGAUGAGAUUGUUUGUUGUCAUUUGAAAGUGUUGAGAGCUUUGGAGAAGAAUCCAAGGGAUGUCCAUGAGGCUUACAAACAGCAAACAGCCUGCGUACAGGGAGUUGUAAAACUGCUCCAGGCUCUCAAAGAAGAGAACUGGUGCCUCCCAAUUAUGUACAGUUCUUGCCUGGAUCUCAGGCUACUGGCCCAGAAGUGCGAAGAGAGUGGAAUUAGUACGAAACCUGGAGAGAUUCUGGAGAAAGCAGCUGAAGGAUUAAUGGCAUGCUUCAGAGUUUGCACGGCAGACAAUAGAUCAGCAGACGAAGACACAAAGAGACACGGGAUGCUAAAUCUGGUCAAUCAAUUGUUCAAAGUUUACUUCCGGAUUAACAAAUUGCACCUCUGCAAACCACUAAUUCGAGCAAUUGAAAGUUCAGCUUUCAAAGAUACUUUUCCACUGGCUGAACAAAUUACCUACAAAUAUUUUGUGGGCAGGAAAGCCAUGUUCGAUUCAGACUACAAGUGUGCAGAAGAGUAUCUAACAUUUGCUUUUGAGAUGUGCCCAAAGAUUUACACAAAGAACAAAAGACUAAUUCUGAUUUAUUUGGUGCCGGUGAAGAUGCUUCUGGGCUACAUGCCGAAGCAGGAGAUUCUUAAGAUGUAUGACGUUCUGCAGUUCUAUGAGCUGGCUUGUGCCCUGAGGGAGGGCAAUGUGAGAAAAUUUGAUGAUGUCAUUGCCAAGCAUGAAGCAUUUUUCAUCAAAUUCGGCAUUUAUUUGCUGGUGGAGAAACUGAAGAUUAUCGCAUAUAGGAAUCUCUUUAAGAAAGUCUACCUCAUUAUGCAGACACAUCAGCUGGAUCUGCAGGCAUUUGUCCAGGCGCUGGAAUUUGUGGGAAAGAGUGAUAUCAAUAUGGAUGAGACGCAAUGUAUUGUGGCCAAUUUGAUUUAUGAAGGAAAAAUUAAGGGAUAUAUAUCGUAUCAGCAUAACAAAUUAGUUGUCUCCAAGCAGAAUCCCUUUCCGACGCUCACUGUCAAUUCUGUGUGAAAAAUUUGCCCUCCACAGCCCCUUUUUAGCCGGGGUGACAAGAGGGUUUUCUUUGUAUUAACAUUGAGAGAUCAUUAAAUGAGAAAAGAUGACGAAGAGAUGAAAA